AUGUUUUUGGCUGGAGAACAGAAGACAGAGGAGAUUAAGAAGCAAAUAGACGAGAUAAUAGGUCUAAUGGAAGAGCAGAUAGAGAGUGCUAAACGGAAACAGAGUGAGAUAGAAGGACUGAUCAGAUCAACUGAAGCUGCCUCGGAAGAGAUAGCAAAAAUGAAGUCGGGAUCGGAGAUAGCAGAGGCGGCAUCACGUCAGAAUAGAAGAGUCUUAGUGGUUAGUGCAGGUAUUUUUAUUGGACUGUCCUUGGGAGGGAUGCUACUCUAUACAGUAGCUAAAUUAAGAUAA